ACCCGAAAGAGUGGAAAUGGAGCGAGCAUACAUCGUGUAGGUACAACGUGAGCUUCAAAUUGUGAGGUAAGAGCACCAAGUUUGACGUGUGGGUGAGAGAGAUCGAGUGAAGAGUGCUGUGUUUGAAUGAAUCUAAUCCGAAGAGCUUCCGCAUUCCUCCCCCAGCCUAUUGGAUUUGCCUUCAGAUCCUUCAAAUCCUUCAGAUUCCCUGGUGACUCCCUCAAUUCCUCAUCCUCUUCCGCUCUCACCCAUGGAGUUCACGUUUUCCAGUGCCCUGAUGCCGUCGGGAUUGUUGCGAAGCUAUCGCAUUGUAUAGCUAGUAGAGGUGGGAAUAUAUUCGGCGCGGACGUUUUCGUACCUGAAAACAAGCACGUGUUCUAUUCCAGAAGUGAAUUUAUUUUUGAUCCUGUUAAAUGGCCUCGGGAGCAAAUGGAUGAAGACUUUGUUAGGCUGUCAAAAAUGUUUAAUGCCAUGAGAUCUGUCAUCCGGGUGCCAGAUCGCGACCCUAGAUAUAAUAUUGCUGUCCUUGCUUCAAAGCAGGAUCAUUGCUUGGUUGAUUUGCUACACGGAUGGCAGGAUGGAAGACUUCCUGUUGAUAUAACUUGUGUAAUAAGUAAUCAUGAAAGAGGUGCAAACACCCAUGUGAUUCGUUUUCUCGAAAGGCAUGGCAUUCCUUAUCAUCAUAUACAAACAACGAUACAGAACAAAAGAGAAGGGGAGAUCUUAGAAUUGGUUCAGAAUACUCAAUUUUUAGUACUUGCUAGGUACAUGCAGAUACUUUCUGGCAAUUUCUUGAAGAGUUAUGGAAAGGAUAUAAUAAACAUUCACCAUGGCCUUUUGCCAUCAUUCAAGGGGGGGAACCCAUCUAAACAGGCUUUUGACGCUGGAGUGAAAUUGAUUGGUGCAACAAGUCACUUUGUGACCGAAGAACUCGAUGCAGGGCCUAUUAUCGAACAGAUGGUUGAGAGAGUUUCCCACAGAGAUAACAUGCAGAGUUUUGUGCAGAAAUCAGAGAACCUCGAGAAACAAUGCCUUGCAAAGGCUAUAAAAUCAUAUUGUGAGCUGCGAGUGCUACCUUACGAGCAAAACAAGACUGUCGUGUUUUGAUGGGAAGGAUGUGAAGUGCAAAUUGUAUGUAUAUUCUGUUUUUCAUUUUAAUCGUUUACACGACACAGUU